AUGCAACGGAUAAAUCAUUCUGAGGUUAGAACAUCUAAGCCAACACCAAGGGCAAUAACAAACAUUACGGCCAUUACUACAACUUCAAAAAGCCACUCUGUGGAUUUAGAAACUCAUCAUGUUGCUUAUGCGAAGAACUACCAUUUCAUUCUGGAUGAGCCAGAUAUGUGUCAGCAACGGAAGCCUUUUCUGGUUCUGAUGGUACCAGUAGCCCCUCACAAUCUGGCAGCUCGAGAUGCCAUUAGGAGCACAUGGGGAAAUGAGAGCGUGGUGCAUGGCAAAGUGGUCUCUGUCUUCUUCUUGUUGGGACUUUCAGGUGGAGCAGAUUCUGAGAAGCUGCAGGAGAAGGUUCGUCUGGAGAGCCAGCAACACCACGACCUGCUGCAAAGCACCUUCUCAGACACCUACUUCAACUUAACCAUCAAGACCAUGGUGAUCAUGGACUGGCUAGCUACACGUUGCUCUCAGGCCUCCUAUGCCAUGAAGAUUGACUCAGACAUGUUCCUGAACUUGGAUAACUUGGUGGCUAUGCUGUUGAAGCCUGGAAUACCCAAAGAGAAUUACAUUACAGGAACAGUGAUGACCAACAUAAACGUAAUCCGAAACAAAAAUUCCAAAUGGUACGUUUCAGAAGAGAUGUACCCUGAACCAAAAUACCCCACUUACCUACUAGGAAUGGGAUAUGUGUUUUCCAACGACCUUCCAGGUAAGCUAGUGAACGUGUCCAAAGAUGUUAAACCUUUCAACAUAGAAGACGCUUAUGUGGGUGCUUGCCUAAAACGUUUAGGUAUUGCACCUUCAUGGGCACCUAAUCCAUCACAGUUCAAGGCAUAUGUGGGUGCAAAGUACAGGACUGAGGAUUUUGUCAAUGUUAUCACCACAAUCCUGGGCUCACCACAACAGCUGGUGAACAUCUGGAAAGGUCUGAAGGCAUACACUUCAACUGCAUCAACCAAACAUGGAUGA